AUGGACAACGUCCCGCCCGGGGACGCGCAUGCGCCAUACCUCAACACCUUCACCAUGGACGAGGACUACGAGGGCAAGCCCACAGAGGAAGAAGCCGCGACCUUGAGGCGCGUGCCCGGCAGGAUUCCCUUCACGGCCUACAUGAUUUGCAUUGUCGAGUUCUGCGAGCGCGCCUCGUUCUACGGUGUGCAACCACUCAUUGGCAACUAUGUCAACCGCAAGCUGCCAGAAGGCGGCAAUGGCUACGGAGCCCCGCCCGCGGGAACCCAGGGCACCGCUGGCGCCCUCGGAAUGGGGACCAAGGUGGCCAACGCCGUUGCCCAGUCCUUCAGCUUGCUGGCGUAUGCGCUUCCGUUGUUUUUCGGCUGGCUGGCUGAUGUCAGAAGCGGUCGCUUCAAGAUCAUUUGCUGGGGUGUGGCCGUUUUUGGCGUUGCCCAUGUCCUAAUGGUUGCCGCUGGUUCCAAGGAUCUCCUGGCAAAGAAUGCUACCCAAGCUCCGUACUUCUUGUCUCUCUACAUUCUGGCGGUUGGUGCAGCCAUGUUCAAGCCCAACGUUUCGCCCCUCCUCCUCGACCAGGUCACGACGACCGUUCCCACUGUUGUCACCCUCAAGUCCGGUGAGAGGGUCAUCGAGGAUCCUGAGUCGACCGCCGAACGCGUCAUGCUCUGGUUCUACCUCUUGAUCAACAUCGGAGGAUUCUUCGGAGUUGCCACAUCAUAUUCGGAGAAAUACGUCGGCUGGUGGUUGGCUUUUAUCCUUCCGCUCUUCCUCUACCUCCCGCUUCCCCUGCUUCUCUGGUUCCUCCACAAGCGCCUCAUUCUGCACCCUGCUGCGGGCAGCGAUCUUGGCAACGUGUUCCGCGUUUUGGGCAUCUGCAUCCGACGUGGAGGCAUCAAGAAGUUUGGCCGCCACGGGUUCUGGGACCUGGCCAAGCCGUCCAACAUUGCCGCCGCUAAUCUCGAUUUCACCUACAAGACGCACUGGAACGAUCAGUUCGUUGACGACGUCCGCCGGACCUUCCAGGCGACGGGCAUCUUCUGCUUCUUCCCGAUUCAGUAUCUCAACGACAAUGGCAUUGGCCAAGCGGCAAACUUCCUUUCCACCAUGCUAGAGACCAACGGCGUGCCCAAUGACGUUAUUGGCAACUUCAACUCCCUGAGCAUCAUCGCUUUCGCGCCCAUCCUCAACUACGGUCUUUACCCUCUUCUCCGGAGGCUCGGCAUCCACUACGGCCCAGUCGCACGCAUCACCACCGGCUUGGCUCUGUCCACCAUCGGUGGUGUUGGAUAUACUGUCCUCAAUUACUAUGCCUACAAGCUGUCGCCGUGCGGCGAGUACGGUUCCAGCGAUUGCGCUAUCGGCGACGGUGUUGCCCCCAUCAGCAUUUGGUGGAUGGCGAUCCCCUAUGCUAUCGGCGGCAUCUCGGAGCUGUUCAUCAAUGUCCCGGCCUACGGUAUUGCCUACUCGCGAGCCCCGCCUAAUAUGAGGAGUCUUGUGUCGGCCAUCAACCUCUUCAACACUGCUGUUGCCUACGCCAUUGGCCUUGCCGCCUCGUCUGUUAUCACCGACCCGUACCUUACAUGGGACUUUGGCGGCCCGGCCAUCGCAGGCGGCAUCCUGACCGUGGUUUUCUGGUUCAUGUUCAAGCAUAUUGACAAGGAGGAGUAUGUCUUGACCACGCACCCGCAAUACGAGAACACCAUGGCAGGCACAACAAAGGUUGUGGGCGAGAAUGAGCUGAACAAGACCCCCAACCGGGCUGCGCCCAUUUCGGAUAAUGAGGAGAUGAUGAUUUCGCAAAAGCAGUAG